GAGAGGAGGGAGGGAGGGAGGGAGAUGAGGAAUUACUAGUAAACUAAUAAGAAACAGCGAAGCUUCAACAUCAUAAAAACAUCACCUUUUUUUCUUUUUUAACAUCAAUAGAUCAUACAGUAAUCGGUAGCUUAUCAUGGAAGAUGCAGGAAAAAAAGAUUGAUGUUCUGUUUCAACAGCUCCUACUCCCCUCCUUCCUGAAAGAGUAGAGAGAGACAAGAGUUUGCUUCUUCCAAGACCCCAGAGAGUGCUAUACAUACAUAUUCUCCCUAUCCCUUUGCUUGAUCAGUACUUGACAGUGGCGGGGGCUCUUUAAUCUCUUGGCUUCUGGGCUCUGCUUCCAUCUUAAUCUGCAAUGGAGGAGUUGCCCGUGCAGUAUUUGACCCUGAUUUUCUGGGAUGACAACAUGCUCGCCAUUACUGUUUGAGUUCCAUUGCUUGAAGACUGAUGCUGCAACUUUGGAUAAAACUGCUUUUGUUGUGUUGGACAUGGAGAGUCUUGCACAGCCAUCAGAUAGGAGCUCUGGGAGCCCAAAAAUGACAAGAGCGCUGUCUCGAAAAUGGUCUUACCGAGCAGAACGAUGGACUGGUAAUGAAGAAGAAGGCAUUGAUGAACCAGCGAAGAAACUCCUGAUAAAAGGGAGCUCUCAGCUGGAUCCUUUGAAGCAGCAACUAGUCACAAAUAAAGCACUCGGUCCCUCCCUAACAACCCCUGGCGGCCCUAAUCUCGCAGACCCGGUUGACGGAUGGAACAAGAGGUUUAACCGGUUAAUGGCAAUUAGUCCUCGGAAGAUCCUUUUCAUAUUUGCAACCAUGUCCAGCAUGGGCACACUGAUGCUCAUAUACUUUACCCUUGCCAUUAAUAGAAGCACUUAAUGCACGGAGGGCUGGUAGCAAGGACGAUCGUCCUUUACGCGAAGCCAAGGAGACAAAGAAAUGGUCCACAUGGAUCAACUGUAUCCUCCUUUUAAUUUACAUCUGCUGUUUCAAUACUGUUGUACUUGGGAGGAGGGCUGGCCUCCUGCUCCCAGCUAGACUCGACGGUAAAAUGCUUCUCUCUACCUGCUGGUGGUUAAAGAUUAAAUUUAUGAUCUGCACGCCCUCCAUGACACAGCUUCUUUAGUCAUCUUUUUUUUUUUUUUUUUAAGUUUCAGGCCACACAUGUUUGCGAAGUGUUUGCUGCAUGUGUUGAUUCUCAGAAGCUAAACUAUUUGAGUUGUUUUUUUUUUCCUUUUUUAUAAGCAAGGUUUGUAAAUCAAAAUCCUUUUUCUCAAUUCAUGGAGCACCCUGUUCUUUUUAUGGGAGAGCUUGGAUA